GUGUUUUUUUCAGAGAGGUUCCCAGUGUCCUGGAGCAGCCAGCCUGGGCUCCCUCAGCACUCGCUUCUCUGGUCCAUCUUGGCUUCUGUUCUUGACUUCUUUUUCUCCACCUCCCUCCCAAGGUUCCCUAAUCGUCUGGCUCCUAUGCGCGUGUCAAUGACAAACUUGUUUCUCCAUUGCAGGACAAAGCCAGGAUGAAACUCCCUCUAUUCCUGACUCUUCUGGUUGGGGCCGUUUCUACUCUUCAUCUGAGGACAGAAACUCCCGACUUCAACAGCCCCUUGGAAGAUGAAGCCUUGCCUCAGGAGGGGGAGAUACUAGAACCAGAGCCUGAGGAGGCCCCUGCUGGGGAGCUGAUGCGGCUGGAGGAGGAGGUGGAAGGAGGCUCUGGAAGCGAAGAUGAUCCUGAGGAAGAGGAGCCUAUGGAGUCAGACUCAGCCCUGGAUGUGGUGGACAAGGACCUUCAGUGCCCUAAGGAAGAAGACACAGUCAAACUGGAAGGCAGCCCCGGAUGCAAGACGUGUCGCUACCUCCUGGUGAGGAGGGCCAAACAGUUUAAUAAGGCUCAGUUUAUCUGUCAGAGGUGCUACCGGGGCAACCUCGUCUCCAUCCACAACUUCAGCUUUAAUUACCAACUCCAGUGCUCCGUCAGGGUGCUCAACCAGGGUCAAGUCUGGAUCGGAGGCAGGAUCGUGGGCAGGGGCCGUUGUAGAAGGUUCCUCUGGGCUGAUGGCAGCUCUUGGAAUUUUGCGUACUGGGCUGCCGGCCAGCCCAACACCUGUGGUGGCAGAUGUGUGGCCCUGUGUACCCGAGGAGGUAACUGGCGUACAGCUCACUGUGCCAAAAGACUUCCCUUCCUCUGUUCCUACUGAGGUGGUCCCAGCCAGGAGCUAGAAUUGGCCCCCUCCCAGGCAGCUGCCUCCCCUUUCCUGUCUGCUGCCUUUCCUGCCACUUCCCUACAAUAAAAUUGCUAUGCUGAAAAAAGUGCAUUUUUUCCUGAGAUCAUCGGUCCACACUGCUUAGCCUCACCUUUGGACUUUCUGCUUUAUGAUCCCGACCCACAUUCUAUACCUUUCAUAGAAUGGUUUAGAAGUUAUUGCUCCUCAAGGAUGGAGAGUGGAAUUGGGGUCUGUGGGGCUUUCCAGUGGCAGCUGAAUGGGCUCUGGUGGGUCUCAGAAGAUUCAGUGACUGGGCAUCUAUGUGCAGGUGUUGCCAGGAACCCCUGCUCCAUCUUCCAGAACUUCCAGGGUUUCGGUGGGCUUAUAUGUGCAUCUCUG